AUGAGUUCAUCCGGAUCUCUCAAGCGUAAGGUAGUGGUGAUGGGGUCUCCCAACGUCGGCAAAACCUCCCUGACCCAGCAAUGGAUCGCCCCGCCGACCUACAACGAAUCGUAUUUCCCUACUAUUGAGGCGACGAGCCACAAGAUCAUCAACUUUGAAGGAGUAGAAUACGAUUGCGAGGUCAUAGAUAGUGCUGGACAGGACGAAUAUACCCUCUUCCCGUCUAAAUACGCCGUCGGUGUUCAUGGAUAUCUUUUGGUGUAUUCUAUCAACUCUCGACAGAGUUUCGAGAUGAUCCAAACUGUGCACGACAAGAUUCUCGAUUUUGCAGGGGUGGAAAAAGUGCCUUGUGUAGUUGUCGGCCAAAAGGUCGACUUGAGCGGCAGCGAAAGACGAGUGACAUUUGCCGAAGGUGAAGCUCUGGCCAAGAAGCUGCAUGCUUCUUUCAUCGAAUCUAGUGCCAAGGAUAAUAAGAACGUCGGCAAAGCUUUCGAGGUCCUUCUCCGAGAAAUGCAAAAGGAAUACAAUCCCGCGCCAGAGAAGAAGAAGUCGAGCUGGUGGGGCUGGGGCAAAUAG